AGCGAGCGAGCGGGCGGGGCGGUUAGGGGCGCCGCCCCGGAGCCCCGCCCCGCCCGGGACUCUCGGGAGCGCGGGCCGCGGGCGCACUGCACCGACGCACAAACAGCGGGGAGCGUAGCCGUCUUCUGCCGGAGCUGCGGGUCGGGAAAACCGUUGCAGCUGCUGCUGGAGAGUGUGUUUCUGGGAGACUGAGAAAGACCCAUCAGGAACCGAAAAUGCCGAAACCAAUCAAUGUCCGAGUUACCACCAUGGAUGCGGAGCUGGAGUUCGCCAUCCAGCCAAAUACAACAGGAAAACAGCUUUUCGAUCAGGUGGUUAAGACUAUCGGCCUUCGGGAAGUGUGGUACUUUGGCCUCCAGUAUGUGGAUAAUAAAGGAUUUCCUACCUGGUUGAAACUUGAUAAAAAGGUGUCCGCCCAGGAGGUCAGAAAGGAGAACCCUCUGCAGUUCAAGUUCCGGGCCAAGUUCUACCCCGAAGACGUGUCCGAGGAGCUCAUCCAGGACAUCACACAGAAGCUUUUCUUCCUGCAAGUCAAGGAGGGGAUUCUCAGCGAUGAGAUUUACUGCCCGCCCGAGACGGCGGUGCUCCUGGGCUCCUACGCUGUGCAGGCCAAGUUCGGGGACUUCAGCAAGGAGCUGCACAAGUCCGGGUACCUCAGCUCCGAGCGGCUGAUCCCCCAGAGAGUCAUGGACCAGCACAAGCUCACCAGGGACCAGUGGGAGGACCGGAUCCAGGUGUGGCACGCCGAGCACCGCGGGAUGCUCAAAGACAAUGCUAUGUUGGAGUAUCUGAAGAUUGCCCAGGACCUGGAAAUGUAUGGGAUCAACUAUUUUGAGAUAAAAAAUAAGAAAGGAACAGACCUUUGGCUUGGAGUGGAUGCCCUUGGACUAAAUAUUUAUGAGAAAGAUGAUAAGUUGACCCCAAAGAUUGGCUUCCCAUGGAGUGAAAUCAGGAACAUCUCUUUCAAUGACAAAAAGUUUGUCAUUAAGCCCAUCGACAAGAAGGCUCCUGACUUCGUGUUCUAUGCCCCCCGCCUGCGAAUUAACAAGCGGAUCCUGCAGCUGUGCAUGGGGAACCACGAGCUGUACAUGCGCCGCAGGAAGCCCGACACCAUCGAGGUGCAGCAGAUGAAGGCCCAGGCCCGCGAGGAGAAGCACCAGAAGCAGCUGGAGCGGCAGCAGCUGGAAACCGAGAAGAAAAGGAGAGAAACCGUGGAGAGAGAGAAAGAGCAGAUGAUGCGUGAGAAGGAGGAGCUGAUGCUCAGGCUGCAGGACUACGAGGAGAAAACCAGGAAAGCGGAGAAAGAGCUCUCGGACCAGAUCCAGCGAGCACUAACGCUGGAGGAGGAGAGGAAGCGGGCGCAGGCGGAGUCCGAGCGCCUGGAGGCGGAGCGCCUGGCCGCGCUGCACGCCAAGGACGAGCUGGAGAGGCAGGCGGCCGACCAGAUCAAGAGCCAGGAGCAGCUGGCCACGGAGCUCGCCGAGUACACCGCCAAGAUCGCCCUCCUGGAAGAGGCGCGGCGGCGCAAGGAGGACGAGGUGGAGGCGUGGCAGCUCCGGGCCAAAGAAGCCCAGGAUGACCUGGUAAAGACCAAGGAGGAGCUGCACCUGGUGAUGACCACGCCCCCGCCGCCUCCGCCCCCAGUGUACGAGCCCGUUAACUACCACGUCCAGGAGAACCCGCAGGAGGAGGGCACGGAGUACACGGGCUACAGCGCCGAGCUGUCCAGUGAGGGCAUCCUGGACGACCGCAACGAGGAGAAGCGCAUCACCGAGGCCGAGAAGAACGAGCGCGUGCAGCGGCAGCUGAGGACUCUGACCAGCGAGCUGUCCCAGGCCAGAGACGAGAACAAGCGGACCCACAACGACAUCAUCCACAACGAGAACAUGAGGCAAGGCCGGGACAAGUACAAGACGCUGCGUCAGAUCCGCCAGGGCAACACCAAGCAGCGCAUCGACGAGUUCGAGGCCAUGUGAAGGGCGCCGCCGCCCGGGCUCCGCGGAGCGAGGGCCGCUGGCCGACUCUAACGCAUAACUUGUAUUGAUCGUUCUCGAAACCUACAGCCCUCAUCGUCCUCCAGGCCCUUUAAAAAGAGAGUAGUUAUUUCAGUGGGAAUGUUCUAGGGCUGGGAGUUUAUUUUUCCCAACUGUAUCAUAGUGCCAAACAGGCCUGAUUUUUAUUUUUAUUAUGAUUAAAUCACUUCCUGUUUUAUGCUUGGAGCAGGACUGAAUCAAUUAAGAUGCCUGUAAUGUCUGAAUAACUAACUCCGUGCUGGCAUGCGUGAUACGAGAUUCCAUAUAAUUAAAACCACAUCGUGGCUUA